AUGUGUGACGACGGUUUUAACAGUCCAGAAAGUCCCAACAUCUUUCAUGGGCUUAGAUACAGAGAAUGGAUGCAUGAAGUAUGGGAAUCGUACAAGUUUUAUGUCCAAAAAAUGAAAGAAGACUCUCGAGACGACCCAGAUGCUACACUUUGUUUAGAGAAAGAUGAUGUACUGAGUCAGGCGUACUACAAGUGCGCGAGAGAGGACGGGCAUCACCCCGAAAGUUACCAGGUGUUGAAGGUUUUGUAUGAAAGACACAUUGAAGGCAAACACGUACCUUUUCAACCUUAUGUUAUCACCCCUGAAGAACGUGAAGAGAUUGAAAACGAUAAACAGUUGCCUUCUUAUUCUAGAGCGUUUGCACAAGAUGCACGCAGAUCAAAAUGUAUUGCUAUGCUUAACAUUAUGAGGACCCCUAGGUCUUCCUGUUUGUUCUAAAUAAAAAUGUUACAUCGCUGCCAAUGUGGAAAUAGAGCUGUCUUGAGAUCCUUUGAAAGAUUUUUAAAGUUUUUGUGUGAAAUAAAGUUUUAUUCAUCUUUACACCCCGUUAGUCACUAAUUAUGUUUAACAAAUGUUUGACUCGAGCUCUAAAAUUUGCAUGUGAACUAGCUCGUGUGCCUUUUGUUUGACAAACAAUAAGUCAUACACAACACCUACUCUGAUUGGAUAGUCCCAGAUGUAUUGUUCAGUGUCUAUAACAAGACCUGAAGACCACAUGCGAGCUAUUUUAUGCGAAGUCUUGUUCAAGUUCGAGUCUCAGAACGUCAGUUCCGUUUACCCACAACAACAACAACAACAACAACAACAACAAAAACAAUAUGGCUGACAAGUUUACUGUUGGAACCCCAAACACCCUCGAAAAAGUGUGGAAUAUUGAUGUCGAAAGAGAAUAUCGGAAACUUAGCUACCCGUUUCAAAACCCGGAACGGAACAAUGGAAUUAUCAAAGAAAGCUUAAGACAAUUAAAAAUGUUCAUACACCAGCAGAGCACAACAAUCACGUUUCAUUGCUUUUUCGGAGAGAAUUUAAGCGAAUUUGAAAUCGCCUGGGAGGUGAUAAGUCUCCUCCUGGAACUUUUACAGAACGUGAUGAAACAAAAAGAUGAAGCAUUCGCCAAGGUGGUGUGGAUACAAAUAGCACACCUGAUCAAAAUGGUCCAGUUUCGAUGUGGAAGCAAAUUCACUGUUUUACCCACGGACGGUAUAAACUCUGACCAAUGGAGACGCGAGUAUCCUGCAAACCGCGAGCCUAGUCAACUCACCAGAAUUCGAAAGAUUAGGAGAAAACGCAAAAUACGAGACCUUAAAGCACUGAAAAGUCAAGAACCCAAGCGAUCCAAACACCAGCGACAGCAUGGAGUUAUCGAGAAUCGGACACUUUUUAAUUAG